AUGCUCAGGACCCAACAGAGCGAAGAUCUGACUUCAAGAAGGAACCCGGUUCCCCACUGGAGGAUUCGAAAUAAACAAACCCGAUUAGUUUCGCAAGUAUCCACCAUACUCUUGCAAAGGCACUCCAAAUUCUGGGCUCCGCUUCUCAAGCCGCUCAAGCUUUUCUCCGAUUUUAAUCCGUUCCUGUUUCACCAAAUCCUGAGCAAAAUCCGAACCCACCCUAAAAUCUGCCUUAAUUUCUUCAACUGGACCCAGAAAAAUCUUGAUUUCAAGCCAGACCUCAAGGCCAAGUGUGAGUUGACCAGGAUACUACUCGGGUCCCAACUGUCUGAACUUGGGACGCCUAUCUUGAGUUCAAUUGUUCAGGAUUGCCCACCUUCCAAGAUUGUUCCUUUAUUGGUUCAGUCUCACAAAAGUGCUGAGUUUCAGAAUACUUCUCCUGUUUUGAACUCUGUUAUUCAAUGCUAUUGCGGUAAACAGAUGUAUUUUCAGAGCUUGGAGGUUUACCAGAUUGCCAAACAGUAUGGGGUCGUAUUGAGCGUAGAUACUUGCAACAUAUUGCUGAAUUUGUUAGGCGUUAAGAAUGAGUUGAGAUUAGCUUGGUGUUUUUAUGCUUCCACUAUUAGAAAUGGGAUUUCAGCAAAUCAGUCUACCUGGCCCGUGAUUGCCAGGAUCUUAUACAAAGACGGAAAGUUUGAGCGAGUCUCCAGGAUCUUAGAUAUGGGAAUAUAUAAUCCUGAGAUGUUUGAUUUGAUGAUUGAUGGUUACAGCAAAAGAGGGGAUUUUGAAGCUGCAUUUGGUUAUCUAAAUGAAAUGUGCAGUAAAAGUAUUGAGCCGAGGUUUAGUACUUAUAGCUCAUUGCUAGAUGGAGCUUGCAGAUAUCAAGAUCGGGAAGUGAUUGAAAAUGUAAUGUCUUCUAUGGUAGAGAAGGGACAUAUCCCGGAACCUCUUCUUGUUUCUGAUUAUGAUUUGAUUAUCCAGAAGCUUUGUGAUGUGGUAAAGACUUUUGCCAUGGAUUUAUUUUCCAAGAGAGCUUUUGAUGAGAAGAUUGAACUAGAGCACGCUACCUAUAGGUCCAUGCUUAGGGCAUUAUUAUCUGUGGAAGGCAGAGUGGAGGAUGCAAUUGAAUUGUAUAAUAUCCUGUGGGAAAAGAACAUAUCUAUAAACCAGAGUUGUUACUAUGAGUUUGUAACUGUUCUUUGUAAACAGAACCCAUCACUUGAAGUUAGCAACUUGUUAGUUGAUAUAAUAAGAGGAGGGUUCGUUCCUGAGUCCACAGAACUUUCGAAAUAUAUUAGUAAACAGUGUGCAGAAGGUCGAUGGAGAGAAGCAGAAGAACUCUUGAAUGCAAUCCUGGAUCAAGGAUGUUUGCUCGAUUCUCUCAUUUGUGGAUCUUUUGUGAAACGUUACUUCUCUAGUGGACAAAUUGAUAAAGCAAUUGAGUUGCAUAAUAAGUUAGAGGGGUUGAAGGGUACACUGGACGUGGCAACAUAUAAUGUACUUCUUGCGGCAUUGUUCAAAGAGAGGAGAACUGAAGAAGCAAUUAAGAUGUUUGAUUACAUGAGGACGUGCGAAGCAUUGAACAGCGAAAGUUUUACAGUCAUGAUAAGGGGUCUCUGUCAUGAAAAGGAACUGAGAAAAGCCAUGAAAAUACACGAUGAGAUGUUGCAAUUGGGGCUUAAACCUGAUCGAAGAACAUACAAGAGGUUAAUAUCUGGUUUCAGGUGA